UUCCAUUGUUGAUUAUCUUUGCCGCUACGGGUACUGGAAAGAGCAAUUUUGCUAAAAGAUUCUCGGAUAGGUUUAUAGAUGGGGAUGAUUUGAUUUUUCAUGACAGUUUUAGCAAGGAUCUUUUAACACAAGGACGCUUUGAUGAAAUUAACGAAUUGGCUCGAAAGAGACUUGGUGAUUAUAGUGGGGAUAAAAUAAUUAUGAGUUCAUAUUAUCUUCAUCUACCAACGAAUAGAGUUGUCUUUCAUAGGAUGGUGCAUGCUACUGAUAUAUAUUAUACACAAAAUUUUAUUUGGAAUGAUAUUCAAGAAAAAUAUCAUAGAUCGAGUAACGAGAAGCAUCUAAAUAUUGCUAUUAAUAGAAGCUAUAAUUUUGUUGAUGUUAAUAAUUUUAAAGAAAAAGAUGAGGCUUUCUUAAAAUUUGCCGACGAAUUAGAAAAAGAACGUAAACUGUUUUGUGAAGACACCAGACAUCAUCAAAUUACUUCAAAUGCUUCAUAA